GAAGUCCCUCCUUUGAUCCGCCGCUCCGAGGAACCAAAAGAUUUCGUCCUUUUGGCACAUAUGUAUCAGGAACACAUUAAUUAACGACUGUGACACUCGGACGGAGACAAAAACAGAGUGAAGAUGGCCAUUGAGAGCGUCAGCCUGGGCUUCAAGCUGUACUGUCUGUCUGUGAUGACGGCGGUGGCGGCCGCUUACACGGUGGCGCUGCGCUUCACCAGGACCGUCUCCUCGGGGGAUCUGUACUUCUCCACCACCGCAGUCUGCACCACCGAGGUCAUCAAGCUGGUGCUCAGUCUGGGCAUGCUGGCCAAGGAAACGGGAAGCCUCAUUAGACUCAAGAACAGCAUAGAGGAACACAUCAUCUUCAGCCCGGUGGAGCUGCUGAAGCUCAGCGUGCCCUCCAUCGUGUACGCGAUUCAGAACAACAUGGCCUUCGUUGCACUCAGUAACCUCGACGCAGCAGUGUAUCAGGUAACGUACCAGCUGAAGAUCCCGUGCACGGCCUUGUGCACCGUCCUCAUGCUGAACCGCUCGCUCAGCCGGCUGCAGUGGUUCUCAGUCUUCAUGCUCUGCACUGGUGUGACGCUGGUUCAGUGGAACCCUGCAGAAGCUACUAAAGUUCAGGUUGAGCAGAAUCCAUUUGUUGGGUUCAUGGCCAUUGCUGUUGCUGUUCUCUGUUCUGGAUUUGCAGGUGUGUACUUUGAGAAGGUGUUGAAGAGCUCGGAUACAUCUCUGUGGGUGAGAAACAUCCAGAUGUACCUGUCUGGCAUCGUAGUAACCCUAAUUGGAGUUUAUAUGAAUGAUGGAAAAAAGGUCCUGGAAAAAGGCUUCUUCUUCGGUUAUACACCCUGGGUGUGUUUUGUAGUAUUUCUGGCCAGCGUUGGAGGUCUUUACACAUCGGUGGUUGUCAAGUACACAGACAAUAUCAUGAAGGGCUUCUCAGCGGCUGCUGCUAUUGUUCUCUCAACAGUUGCAUCCGUCAUGUUGUUUGGGCUGCAGAUAACGGUCACGUUUGCCUCUGGAGCGAUCCUUGUGUGCAUUUCCAUUUACCUCUACGGACUUCCAAAGCAAGAUACAUCCAAACUAACCCGGCAAGACACGGACGCAGAAUCCAAACAGAAGCUGAUUUCUGUGUGAGGCGCAGACUCUAUUGCCCAUGUCUACUGCUUCCUCAUUUCCCGGGGAAGCUCCAGAGUUUAUUCACCAAAGGAGUUUCAUGAAGCCUUUUUCAGACUCAGACUGAUCUCUGUUGAUGACAGACGUCACCGUUCCUGAAUGACUUCAAUGUCCAUCUGUUGCUGCGUCCACCCACAGGAGACUGAUGACAGUGCUGUUAAUAGUCAUGUGAAUUUAAAGAUACUUUGAGGAAGCAUCUUUUCUUUUGAGUGCCAUAUUCGAGAAAUCCUUCAGUGAUGAACAAUGAAAAUGGUCUUUUUCUUUGUCGCUGCUUGAAUGGUUUGUAAAUAAUCUACAUGAGCUGGUGAGGUCCUACGAUUAAUUUUCAGUGUUAAGAAAAUCUUUUGUUGUGAUGAAGUUUCCAUACUGUUAUAGGAAGAAUACAAAUAUAACCACUUUCAUUUUUACUAUUUUUUUAAUUUCAAAAUUAGUCAUUUGUUCUGCA